GACUAUCAAUGAAGCUGAAUGAUGAGCCUAUCGAUUAUCACAGUGAUCGUUGGUAAAUUAGUUAAUGAAGAUGAGUCAGAGACAAGAUAAGAAGAGACAACAUACAAGUAUUAUUGAACGGUCGUUAUCUUUACUCAACUCUAUAGAAUCCUCUAAUACUUUCUUAUCUUUACUCUACUCUAUAGAAUCCUCUAAUACUCUCUUAUCUUUACUCUACUCUAUAGAAUCCUCUAAUACUUUCUUAUGCAAUAAUAAGUAGUCUUCUCCAAAUAUUUUGAGUUUUCGACUUGUUUUAAAUCGUCUAGAAUCGAGAAUAUAGGUGGAUUUAUAACUUUAUAUACGGUACCGUAUAAACAAUAAAAUAGUUCUAAUCGAGCAGUCAUGAGUUCCACUCCUGAAUCCUUGAAGAGCAAGUUCGAACUUUGCCUCAAUAACGACGAUUUAAGUGAUUGUGAAUUCUUGGUUGGUGAACAAAAGUGCAAAAUCAAAGGACAUAAACUGUUGUUUGGCAUCUCUAGUCCUGUUUUCCGAGCUGUGCUGUAUGAUGGACUCCACAAUGCUUCAACUUUCGAGGUAAAAGACGUUGAGCCUGAUGUCUUUCAAGGUAUGAAACAAUUUAUCUAUACAGAUAGUGUGAAUUUCUCGUCAGGUCUACAAGCGUGCUCAUCAUAUCUGGCCUCUUGGAAAUAUGUUAUUCCCGAUCUUAUGUCAAAAUGUGUUCAAUACAUCAAAGACAAUAUCUCUGUGUCUGAAGUGAUAGACGUUUAUGAAUUUUCUUGCAAGUAUAACAUUCCAGACAUUGAAAAAAUUUGUGCGGCUGUCUUUCAGAACAAAACUAGAGAAGUAAUGCAGAGUGAAAAGUUUCUUUCAGCCAAUGUUCAAACACUAGAAACAAUUCUAAAGAUGGACUCAUUAAACUUGGAGUCUGAACUGGAGGUGUUCAAAUAUACGGAAAAAUGGGCUAUUGCAGAGGCUGUUCGCCGAAACAUAGAUUUGCAGGCGGAAUAUUUCAAUUGCAUCAAAAAGCACGUACGGUUUCUAACAAUGGAUAAAGAUCAAUACAAAGAAGGCCUGUCCAAGUCUGAUCUGAUAACUGCAGAGGAAAGAAUUUCUCUUUUACACAAUCUAAUGGACCUUGAAGAUGAACUGCCUCACAAAUUUUGUCCUGUAUCUGAGCCUCGAAAUUUUACAAUAGGAAAAAUUGAGGAGAAGCAAGUAAGAGAGGAGGAAAAAAAAGACAGAGGAUACUAUUUUACACGGACAGGGAACAGCAUCAAUUGUGAAGAGUUUAGAGAUUCGACGGUUUGUUUAACAUUUGUAUAUACAAUGGAUAAAUCACGUACAAUAGAUGUGGAUGACUGCUCAGCUAAGCUAUUCAAAGUCAAACCCACAGUUAAGUUACAUUCGCUGAGGAAUUCAGAAGAUUCUGGAGAAGAGAUUUUGAAUAAUGAAAUGGUUGAUAUUAUUUUGUGCAUUGAAAAUAAGUAUGUCAUUUUACCCUAUUAUUUAAAAUUACAACUGACGGAAGGGAUUUUAAAAUUGGAAAUUUCUGAGAUGUCUGAAAAAGCAGUGCACUCGUAGUAUAGUUUAGUAAUAGUAUAUAGUAUUUUUUUCCAAACUUGGCAGGGGUGUUUAGAUAUACACUUUAGUAUAACAACAUUAAUAUAAAACAUUAGUGUGUGAAUUCAACCUUUAGAGAAUCCAAAAUACAUUAUAUUAAAAAAUGUUCAAUCUCUGGGAAUAUGGAUCAAUAAAUAGAUAAUUGAAUUUGCAUAAUUGAUUGAAAAACUGAUGAGUGUAAACU